AUGAAUUACCUAACUGCAAACAUCAGAGGGGCGGGAGAUUCCUUGAAAGCGGAGCAUAUCAAGGAACUUAAGAAGCAAAAUAACAUCAACUUCAUCGCUGUACAGGAAACUCAGUUCAUGGACUCAGCCAAACUUCAGGUAAAAAUUUUUUGGGGUAGCUCUAUAUUUGAAUCAGAUUAUGUGAAUGCUUCGGGUAGGUCCGGGGGUCUGCUGAAUAUAUGGGAUCCUAAUAUUUUUGUUCGUAAGUCGUCGGUUUCAAAUAGAUUUUUUCUGGCCACAUUAGGCGAACUUACGAAUGGGGGUGAGAAAAUAAAUGUAGUGAAUAUCUAUGCACCACAUGAUAACAAUCUCAAAAAAGAACUGUGGUUGGAAAUAUCCGAGCUAAUUGAUUCGUACUCCGGCUCCUGGAUUCUAUUAGGCGACUUUAACUGUGUGCGUGAACCAUACGAAAGGAAAAACUCGAAGUUCAACCCUCAAGCUGCUGAUUCUUUUAAUCAAUUUAUCCGUGAUGCUGCCCUAUCUGAAUACACUAUGCUAGGUUGCUCGUACACUCAUAGAUCUGAUGACGGGAAGCGUUUCAGCAAAAUUGAUAGGGUAUUGGUAUGUAAUUCAUUCUUGUCCAAUUGGCCAACCGCAACACUCACCGGUUUACCAAGAUACAGAUCGGAUCACCGACCCCUAUUGCUAAAAUGCUCCGAGGUGACGUUUGGACCUCCCCCCUUUCGAUUUUUUAACUCCUGGUUGAAUGAAGACAGCUUGCAUAAUAUUGUAGCAGAUUCAUACAAAAGCAUUAUGCAUAUGUACCCUCCGGAUAAGCUAGUUAGCCAACGUUUGAAAGCUGUCAAAAUGGCUAUCAAACCAUGGUGCAGGAAACUAAAAGCUCGCGACAAUAAAAUCAUUUGUGAAUUGGGCAAUAAAAUCAAAGCACUUGAUCUUAAGGCAGAAUCAGCGAGUCUCUCUUUAGAAGAAGCUGAGAACAGGGAAUUAUGGGCAAAAACAUUGAACGAGUUAGAAGAAAAUAAACUUGAAGAUCUUAAACAAAGGGCAAAGGUCAAAUGGUUAAUGGAAGGUGAUGAAAACUCUUCCUUCUUUCAUGGUGUAAUCAAAGGCCAUCAAAAGCACAACAGAAUAAAUGGGCUGAACUUCAAUGGUAUAUGGAUAUCGGAACCUGAAUCUCUCAAAGAGGAAAUUAAAUCUCACUUCGAACAGCUUUUCAAGGAGGAUAAUCACAAUAGACCGGUGUUUAACAACGAUGGUUUCAAGGUACUCACCUCGUAA